UUUAUGGUAAGUAGUUGCUGGUUGGAGUUUCCCAGUCGCAAAACUGAACUGAAUUAGUGGCCUUUUGUUCCACUAGGGUGACUAGUCACAUGAACCUCCGCAAGUCCACAAUGCCAGAAAUAAUGCAUUUCUCUCUCUUUCUCUGCGUGUGGUGUGGGAGGGGAUGGGGACGCAUGCUGGCAUGACAGAAAACUAAACAAUCCAUUAAAAAAGAAAGCAUGGAAGAAUGAAUGGAUGGAACAAGAAAUAAUAGCGGGCGAAAAAAAAAACCAAAAAAACAGAGAGAAUGAACGAAUAUCAUGUAAAGAUAGAAAGAGAAAAAGACGUCAGAAGAAGGGGAAAAAAACAACACACGGGCCGAGAUAUGAACUUGCCGAUCUCUAAGGGACAAAUUACUGACAAUUUCUAUAACAACCGUGAUUUCAGUGCCGUAUGUGUAUUAAUAUUGGUCAGCUCAGUCGCACGGAUGGGUGGCAUCUGUCACUGUCACAAGCAGAUGAUGGUCUUGAUGGCGCCACGUGCACAGAUUAUGGAAAGAACGGAAGGAUGGGGAGCAAGCGAUUCCUGCUGUAGCAAUGGACGGCAAGGAGGACAAAGCAGUGCUGAAAGAGGAGGUGGAGGAAUCGAUUGAGAUAGAGGAGGAGCAAAGAAAACGACUCAUUUAUCGCACGGGGGAUCUUCCGCCAGUCCGCCUUCUUGCUUUGUUCACAUUGCAGCAAGGGCUGCUGGGAGUGGCCGGCUCGCUCAGUGUGUCCAUUCUUGUGGCGGAAGUGAUCUGCGCACGCGAUGACCAACAAAUCAAGACACAGAUACUCAGUGCUACCUUCUUCAUGAUUGGCAUCUCUACCUUCUGCAUGAGCACCUUUGGCAUCAGGCUGCCAAUAUUCCAAGGAGCUGCAUCUACCUACAUUAUUCCUUUGUUUGCCCUGACUAACCUUCCUGAGUGGAAAUGUCCUUCGCAUGAAGAUCUAGUAAAAAUCUACAACACAUCCAUGACACUCGCAGGGAAAGGAACUCUGGCGACACCCCAUGACAUUAUUUUCCCCAAACUACAGCUGAUCUCUGGCAGUCUGAUGGCGGCGGGAGGAGUGCAUUUCCUGAUAGGAGUGACAGGUCUCGUAGGCUUCCUGCUCAAGUUCAUCGGACCGAUCACGAUGGUCGUGGCCAUCACACUCGUCGGCCUUUACGUCUACAAAGUCGCUGUCAGGUUUUGCGAGACCUUCUGGGCAGUGGCCAUCUUGACGGCUGCUUGUGGUAUAGUCCUGUCUUUAUAUCUCGCGAAAACAUCAACGCCUAUCCCAGCUUGGAAUAAGAAGAGAGGCUUCUACAUCAAGUGGUAUCCUCUGCACCAAGUCUUUGCUAUCCUAAUCUCAGUCGUCAUUGGUUGGACGGUGAGUGCCAUCCUGACACACGCUGACGUCAUUUCCUCUGACCAAAACGGCGUAGGAAUAUACGCGCGCACGGAUACGCACAUCGAUGUCAUAGCAAGCACCGACUGGUUCUCUUUGCCGUAUCCAGGUCGCUUUGGCUUUCCGUCUUUCCACGCCGGAGUCUUCGUCAGCUUCAUGAUAGCAACACUCAUGUCCAUCUUGGACUCCAUCUGUGACUACAAUGCAUGCGCGCGCAUGUGCUACGUGCCACGACCACCUGACUGGGCCGUGAAUAGGGGCAUCGCCGUGGAGGGCAUCAUGAGCAUGCUGAGCGGGGGUAUGGGGGUCGGGCACGCCACUGUCUCCUAUGGAGGCAACAUUGGCGCCAUUGGACUCACCAGGGUGGCUAGUCGCGGUGUUUUCCAGUGUGUCGGCCUCCUGUACAUCGUACUUGCCGUGACAAGCAAGCUGGGCGCCAUCUUCGUCACCAUCCCUCACAGCGUGCUCGGCGGCUGCCAGAUCAUCACCAUCGGCAUAUUCAUCGGCAUCGUCCUCUCCAACCUGCAAUACGUCGACCUCAGCUCCACCCGCAACGUGGCCAUCAUCGGUAUCUCGCUGCUGCUGGGGCUGAUGGUGCCUCACUGGGUGGAGACCAACCCCGAUGGCAUCAAGACAGGAAGUGAACAGGUUGAUCGACUACUGCAAAUUUUAGCGGCCAAUCCAUCUUUCGUUGGCGGCGUUUUGGCGUGUUUUCUGGACAACACAGUACCUGGUACACCUGAGGAACGAGGGGUGUCGUCAAAUACGAAGAAGGAUACCACAACUGUUCUUGAAGAAUUUGAAGAAGGCCUUGAAGUAUAUCGUCUACCGUGGGUGCCAGAGUUCAUACAGAAGUCGUGGCUCGCUAGGUUCAUCCAAAUCAUACCUGGCCCUUCACAAGAGGACGCAAAGAAAGAGGACCAGGUUCUGCCUCAUCAUAUAGACUUGAAAGACACUUAAGUCCGAGGUUUUUAUGACCGAUCUUGCCACUGGCAAUCAAAUUCGCCGAAGAAUGUCCACAUAACACUAAAAAGCGCCAAUAAAGCAGCGGUGAGCUCGGC